GUGCAGGAGCACGGCACGUGCCUGGCCACGGCCAGAGGCCUCCGCGUGACGGUGGAGAACGCCAAGUGCAUUCAGGCUGACUUGUACUUCCAGGCAGAAAUUUUCCAGGAAUAUGCUGUUCAGGAGGAAUCGGUGAUGUUCCGGAUCAACUUGUCUGUUCUUCUUGACUGCCUGACCAUUUUUGGAACCAGCUCUUUGCCAGGAACAUCAACAGCCCUUAGGAUGUGUUACCGUGGUUAUGGUUAUCCCCUGAUGCUGUUCUUGGAAGAAGGAGGAGUGGUGACAGUGUGCAAAGUUAACACCCAAGAACCUGAGGAGUUGCUAGAUUUUGAUUUCUGCAGCACAAAGGUUGUUAAUAAAAUUAUCCUGCAGUCGGAGGGGCUACGAGAAGCGUUUGCUGAACUGGAUAUGACCGGUGAAGUUCUGCAGAUUACCAUGUCUCCGGAUAAACCCUACUUCAGGUUAUCCACUUUUGGAAAUGCUGGAAGUGCACACCUGGACUACCCUAGGGAUUCUGAUUUAAUGGAAGCAUUCCAGUGUAACCAGACCCAGACGAACAGAUACAAGAUUUCUUUGCUUAAACCAUCUACAAAGGCACUGGCUUUAUCUUGUAAAGUGUCCAUUCGAACAGAUGCUCGAGGAUUUCUUUCACUGCAGUAUAUGAUUAGGAAUGAAGAUGGACAGAUCUGUUUUGUGGAAUACUAUUGCUGCCCUGAUGAGGAGAGUGCUGAAGCAGAACUGUAG